AUGUCGAGCACGCUGGAGAAUACAAUACUGAAUUUGCAGAAACGGCUCAGGGCGGAAAAUGAAUCGAGGGACAGAGACAGGCAGAGCUCGGAGGUUGGUUCGGAAACGGGCCUGCAGCCGUCAUCUUCGGGCCCUGCCUCGAGUCCCGCGGUGCGACGACCCAAACAACUUGGAGAUGUGGAUGCGUCGAUACGAACAAGAAGGCAGCUGGUUCUGCCCGUGUCGCAGAUGGCACCUCCAAAGAUGCACGACAGCGAGUUCGAGUCGAAGCUUCAGGAGAUUAUGAAAAUGAAUGGAAUCCUGAAUAUCGAUGGCCAGAAGUACCAAACUGACAUGAAGGAUUUAGAACACUUAGGGGAAUUGGGCAAUGGAACUUGUGGACACGUCGUUAAGAUGAGGCACAAACCUAGUGGGGUUGUUAUAGCUGUUAAACAAAUGCGACGUUCUGGAAAUGCAGAAGAAAAUAAGAGGAUCAUCAUGGACUUAGAUGUUGUUUUAAAGUCACACGAUUGUCCAUACAUUGUUCGUUGUUUGGGAUGUUUUAUCACCGAGUCCGAUGUUUGGAUAUGUAUGGAAUUAAUGGCAACGUGUCUGGACAAGCUCUUAAAGAGAAGCAGGCAGGCGAUACCCGAAGAUUUUUUAGGAAAAGUCACUGUUGCGACGGUCAAAGCGUUAUCAUACCUGAAGGAAAAGCAUGGGGUGAUUCACAGGGAUGUGAAACCUAGUAACAUUCUUUUGGACGAAUUUGGAGGUGUCAAACUUUGCGACUUUGGAAUUUCAGGAAGAUUGGUUGAUAGUAAAGCAAAGACUAGAAGUGCUGGUUGUGCAGCUUAUAUGGCUCCUGAAAGGAUCGAUCCUCCUGAUCCGACGAAGCCAGAUUAUGACAUAAGAGCCGAUGUGUGGAGUCUGGGCAUCACAUUAGUGGAAUUAGCAACUGGAGUAUUUCCAUACCGAGAUUGCAAGACUGAUUUUGAGGUACUGAGCAGGGUAGUUCAGGAUGACCCUCCCUCUUUGCCCCCUGACGCACCAUUUUCAAAGGAAUUCAGAAGUUUUGUCAGUUGUUGUCUUACGAAGAACUAUAAGCAUCGGCCAAAGUACCAUAAGCUCAUGGAGCACUCGUUCCUUAAAAAAUACGAAUCGCUGCAGGAUGAGGAGACGAAUUCAUCACUGCCCACUUCUGGAUGCCAAUGGUUUGGCAGAGUCAUGCGACAGCUUGAGCCUAGUUUCAGACUGACCGGCGGGCAGCAGCGAGUCUCGGGACACGUGUCUUUGAAGCAGACGGCUCAUCUCAGGGUCCACUCCGAAGUUCCAGCUUUUUUAAGAAGCAACGUCACCAAAGAGCCGCAGAACUCCUUCUUCCCGUUCCAUCAGCGGUCGAGCAGCGAGAACGGCUCCAGCUACGUUCCGUACAGCCCUUACGCCCUGAGACGGAAAGACGCGUCCAGGGCGUUCUCGCCGCCCACCAUCGCCCACGAGGUCGACGACUCGGAGCCGUGUCUUCAGCGAUCGUAUUCGCCACAUUUAGAACAGAACAAGGACUACUCGACCAACGGUCAGGAUAGGCAGGAGGCCAGGUCGUUCUCCCCUUACAGGCAGGACGGUAAUUUGGCGGAUGUUAGACCUUACUCUCCGUAUCGUGGGAGAUUCGAGGAACGCGACGGCAGCAGCGACCGAUGGCAAAACGUCUCGCGUUCCUUGAGCCCCUUCGCCAGGGACUACUCACCCUGGCGGAGAGAAAACGUCGAUCCUCCUGGUGUCGUCCAGCCUGUUGGGGAAAACGCCCGUUACCCUUCUUUUGUACAAAAACGACUCGGUCAGUCGACGGCCGCGCCACAGACGCAUCCGCAGGAUGUGUACGGCAGUCCCAUGAUUAGUCGCAAAAGAUUUCCCUCGGAACCUCCUCCUCAAGGAUCUCACGGGCCCAGCAGUCCGCAGCUGUUGAUCUCGAGAUUUGCUCAUCAACUGAAGCAGGAGCCUCCGCCGUCGACACCACAGGUCCAGGGCUCGUCGAAAGAGUCUGCAAAGAAACGCUUCGCCUCUUACGUGAGGCUCAGGCUCGGCGGAGAUCGGGCACCCUCGCCGGAACCGCCGCCUAGGUUGAGCAGGGGAGAAUCUCCGCUCGCUAUCAGGAGAUCGGUCGUCGAGCAAUCUUCUCCUUCUUUCCCUAGAAGGUACGUGUCACCUUCGCCGCCCCAGCCCCCGCCGAGAAGGCUCUCGGAGAGCAACUCAGUACCUGGAAGUCCUCAGCACGUGCGAACUCGGCUUCGUUACACUCCUGAGCCACAGAGGAGGCCACCGCCCCCAUAACCCACCGUCGUCGCCUUAUGGAGCCCCCCAUUGAUGCCGUGCGCGACCAAGGAUGCCUCUUUUUUCACCGCAAGCAGCCCGGACGAGCCCUCUUCAGGCCUCUCUUCAGGGUCGUCCUCGGGGUACGCCGGCGACGCGUUCAACGGCACCGUGUUGGAUCGGCAGCAUAAUACUCCGGCACGGGAAACUCGUCUUACGCACUCGAAUUUCCUGCGCCUACGCCGCAAAAAGUGCUUGCGCGCGUAGCGUCGACCCCUUUUUUUCGAAAGGGAGGGGGGAAACGAGCGUCGUUUCCUUCCCUUAAGGUGAUACGAAAGUGGCGACAAAAAGGUCAAUCGUUCCUGAGACUUUCCUCUGCACUGGAUGUACCGAAACGUUAAAAACCUUCCAAUGUAAAUAUGGAGGCUACAAGGAAGGUCCUGACAUCCAUGACGUUUUCAUUUUUUUUUUUUAAUUUGUUUACAGACAUUUUCCAAAUUUUGUAUAAAAAAGUGAAAUUUCAUGGGGGUCGGGACCUUGCUUAUAGCCUCCAAGUUCACGUGGUAAACUUUUAAACAACUCGGUACAUCCGGUUCGGAGGAAAGUCACAAACGAUUGACCUUUCAGAUGCUACUUUAAUGUCACCUUAAGCCGGGUACACAUCCGAGCAAGAUGCAAGGAGACAGUGUAUGCUCCUACGAGGUCUUAUUUUUGACUCGUCUUUGAGUUUGCGACUUUCGAAAUGCCAUGCUACAAUAUAAAAGCCGCUUGUUCGCCGGUAUCACGAGACGAAUUAACUGUGUUCUUGAAAUUGAGAAGUGCCUGGAUGUUCGGCAAAAACUGGAAUGGAGAGUUGAUAUAUGUCAUUAUUGAUAUCUUUCUUUUUAAUUUCAUCUCUUAGUCUAUUCCGUACUCAGUGCUAUAUUUUUACUGAGUGGUUAACAAACAUGACCACGUUUUGGAAGUGUAUUACAAUAUGUCCAUCGAAAGGGCUGCAGGGUAGCAUACCUUGUUACCUUUGCAUCUUGAAUUUGAGCACGAUUGGGUACAAAGUGAGACGAAGCGGAGCGAAUGUCUUGUUCGUGGCUACUUUUAGUUUUCGAACGAAACCAUCCAAGACAAUAUUCGCCCACACUUGCAUGUUCGUUCGGCCUCACCUUGCGUGGUACGCAUUCGUACUCAGAUGUGUACCAUGGACGUGAAGGAUGUAACGAGGGAGAAAGAAAGGAUCACCUUGUUCACUCGUUUAUUCUCUCCGUCGUUACGAGAUCGUCAUGGGAGUAAUCGAGUACUCGGGAUUCAUGUAUACUCGGGUAUAGAGGACACGAAUGUCUUCCCUUCUUCCACUUGCCGCGCCAUCUUCGCAGGGAAGACAUUCAUGUCCGCCAGGGUACGUCCAUGGUUCAUGCUCGGAGGUGCAAUCAGUUUUACGGGGAGAGGACUCGUCGCGGGCGCCCAGCCGCACGACUAUUCCGACUCGGCCACCGAAGCGGCCUCGGCGACCCCUCGCCGAGGGCUCACCUCUAUUAACACGUGUAUUUAAUAUAGAAAAAUGCAAAACGAUGCUCAACUUUUAUAUCGCUUGUAAGAGACGAGGGAACGGAGGAGCGGCGGGCACCCUCGGCGCGCACCGAGGAGGCCGCUGCCGCCCGUCGAGGAGUCGCGUCGAACCGUCCCCACGAGGCAGCGCGGAUUACUUUUCCUACGUGCUAGUCUUCGUCGUGUCUAGAGUACUACGCGUAACGUUUCGUACACCCUCGGCCUGGCCGAGAGCAGAGCGUCUAGUGCAAUCUUCUAAUCAUACUAGGUCCUCUAGUAACUUUCAUAGGUAUUCUCGCGAGGCGUCUAUUAAGCACGGGGAUCUACCGAGACGGCAGAAAGAGAGAGAAAGAGAGUGAGAGAGAAAGAAAACGAGCGAAUGCGUGAGUGAGCGUUAGUUUUAAUUGUGGAACCCUAGUCAUGUCGGACGAAGCCGCCGCCUUGAGACUCGCGGUGCCUCCGCGGUGGGAUGGAUUCGAUGAGCUCGCCGAGUCGCAGGAAAAAGCUGCGCCGCGUUUAUUGUUGCUAUUUAUAUGCGGACGAGUUAUCGGAGGCGAUCGCGUUCCCUCUUUUCUCGUCUCGUUUCCUCGUUCUUUGGUUUCCUCUCUUUGUCCCUCGGCCCGCGGCCUUGGAGGUCCUCGGGAGUGGAACUCUCGGCCGCGCCCAUGGGAAGAGGAGAGGUCGAAUCGCGAGGACCCGCGACCGCCUGCUGCGUCCUCCUCGAGGCACGGGGACUCGAGCGCUACUCCGCGCCGAGCCCCACGCCCCUGUCGGGGCGUCUCGCGGGCCCGGAAACGUUGUAAUUAUUUUUUUCCAUUAAUAUCCACAACCAGUAACUACGUUCAGUCUAUGCUCGUAAUCACCUUCGCCGCCACGGCGGGAGGAUCUGUUGCAAUGUAAAUAAACUUAU